GAAAGCCACAGCAUCCUAGUAGAUUGCCCAGAAAUUUAAUUUCGAUUGGACAUUUGAUUAUCGAGAUAUCUUUCAAAGUGUACUUAGGAUUUAUACAACUAAACUUUUUGAGAUUUUUGCCCAAGUGCAUCAUAAUAAAUAUCUCAGCCGUCUGUCAACCGAUUUCGGUUCUCCUGGCACCAAAUGAAAGCUACAAUAUCCUAGUAGAACCCUAUACAAUUUUAUUAAAAUUGGACAUUUGGUUACUGAGAUAUCUUUCAAAGAGUACUUGAACUACAGGUUAACUUUUUGAGAGAUUUUUGAGAAAGUGUAUCAUAAUAAAUAUCUCAGCCAUCUGUCAACCUAUUUGGGUUCUCUAAGCACCAAAUGAAAGCUACAAUAUCCUUGUAAAAGGUUCUGAAAUUUUAUUUCGAUUGGACAUUUGGUUACUGAGAUAUCUUUCGAAGAGUAUUUCAAUGAAUUCUUUUUUUACCCUUCUUACACCCAUAAGAAGGGUAUAAAUAUCGCUCGAAAAACCGACUUUCGAUCCGAGGCCUGGAGGGCCGAGUCUCAUAUACCAAUGAACUCAGCUCGACGAACUGAGCAAAUGUCUGUAUGUGUGUGUGUGUGUGUGUGUGUAUGUGUGUAUGUGUGUAUGUGUGUGUGUAUGUGUGUGUGUGUGUGUGUGUAUGUGCGUUACAAAAAAAAGUCACGCACGUUUCUCAGCCGUCUGUCAACCGAUUUGAGUUCUCUUGGAAGCAAAUGAAAGCUACUACAUCCUAGUAGAACGCUAUUGAAUUUUUUUUCAAUUGGACGUUUGGUUACCGAGAUAUCUCUCGAAGAGUACUUAUGAGUCACACAUCUAAACUUUUUAAGAUUUUUGACCAAGUGUAUCAUAAUAAAUAUUUCGGCCGUUUGUCAAUCGAUUUGGGUUCUCUUAGCACCAAAUGAAAGCUACAACAUCCUAGUAGAUCGCCCAGAAAUUUUAUUUCGAUUGGACAUUUGGUUACAGAGAUAUCUUCCGAAGAGUACUUAGGAGUUAUACAAUUAAACUUUUUGAGAUUUUUAACAAAAUGUAUCAUAUUACAUAUCUCAGCCGUCUGUCAACCGAUUUGGGUUCUCUUGGCACCAAAUGAAAGCCACAACAUCCUAGUAGAUUGCCCAGAAAUUUAAUUUCGAUUGGACAUUUGGUUAUCGAGAUAUCUUUCAAAGUGUACUUAGGAUUUAUACAACUAAACUUUUUGAGAUUUUUGCCCAAGUGCAUCAUAAUAAAUAUCUCAGCCGUCUGUCAACCGAUUUCGGUUCUCCUGGCACCAAAUGAAAGCUACAAUAUCCUAGUAGAACCCUAUACAAUUUUAUUAGGAUUGGACAUUUGGUUACUGAGAUAUCUUUCAAAGAGUACUUGAGAGUAAUACAGGUUAACUUUUUGAGAGAUUUUUGAGAAAGUGUAUCAUAAUAAAUAUCUCAGCCAUCUGUCAACCUAUUUGGGUUCUCUAAGCACCAAAUGAAAGCUACAAUAUCCUUGUAAAAGGUUCUGAAAUUUUAUUUCGAUUGGACAUUUGGUUACUGAGAUAUCUUUCGAAGAGUAUUUCAAUGAAUUCCUUUUUACCCUUCUUACACCCAUAAGAAGGGUAUAAAUAUCGCUCGAAAAACCGACUUUCGAUCCAAAGCCCGGAGGGCCGAGUCUCAUAUACCAAUGAACUCAGCUCGACGAACUGAGCAAAUGUCUGUAUGUGUGUGUGUGUGUGUGUGUAUGUGUGUAUGUGUGUGUGUGUAUGUGCGUUACAAAAAAAAGUCACGCACGUUUCUCAGCCGUCUGUCAACCGAUUUGAGUUCUCUUGGAAGCAAAUGAAAGCUACUACAUCCUAGUAGAACGCUAUUGAAUUUUUUUUCGAUUGGACGUUUGGUUACCGAGAUAUUUCUCGAAGAGUACUUAUGAGUCAUACUUCUAAACUUUUUAAGAUUUUUGACCAAGUGUAUCAUAAUAAAUAUUUCGACCGUUUGUCAAUCGAUUUGGGUUCUCUUGGCAUCAAAUGAAAGCUCCAGCAUCCUAGUAGAUCGCCCAGAAAUUUUAUUUCGAUUGAACAUUUGGUUACAGAGAUAUCUUUCGAAGAGUACUUCGGAUUUAUACAACUAAACUUUUUGAGAUUUUUGACCAAAAAUAUCAUAAUAAAUAUCUUAGCCGUCUGUCAACCGAUUUCGGUUAUCCUGGCACCAAAUAAAAGCUACAACAUUCUAGUAUAACCCUAUACAAUUUCAUUAGGAUUGGACAUUUGGUUACCGAGAUUUUUUUCAAAGAGUACUUGGGAGUAAAACAGGUUAACUUUUUGAAAGAUUUUUGACCAAGGGUACCAUAAUAAAUAUCUCAGCCGUCUAUCAACCGAUUUGGGUUCUCUAAGCACCAAAUGAAAGCUACAAUAUGCUUGUAUAAGGCACUGAAAUUUUAUUUCGAUUCGACAUUUGAUUACUGACAUAUCUUACGAAGAGUAUUUCAAUAAAUUCUUUUUUUUAUUAUAUUCACUUGUUAUCUUGCAUUUGUUUUUGACCAGUCUAUGGGAAAUUAUUUUUCAAUAAAUGAUGCUGACCUCAAGUGCAUACUAGCAGGUUAUUGUUUUAAACAAAACUAUAAAUAACAAAUUACAAAUACACAGGAAUUUUAUGGAAACUAACAAUAUGUUAAAUGAAAGCUCUGAAUUUAUAUAUUGUGGGAAAAAUGCAAGAUCCCAGACAGCCAAAAUAACUAGCUAAUGCCAAAACUGAUUAACUUAGUAGAUAUAUCAUUUUUGUCGUUUUUACACCAUAACCAUGGAUACCAAGUACUUCGGAGCUAAUUUAAUUGACUGAUUAAGAUAUAUUAGACAAAGUGUAUCUCGCUGAUUUUCUUACCCAUUUGUUAAUCGAUUCAAGAUCUUUUGGCAGUUAAUUAAAGAUACAAUAUUCCAGAAUAUGUAAGCUAUUUUUUUAAACAUUCCAUACAAGACUCUAGGAAGUGUCUGGCAUUUCUGGUAGUUUAGUCCAUGGUCCAUGAUGCUAUUUUGGAAACCAAUCCACUAGAUGCCAAAUCUACAAUAUUUUCUAGAACUUUUGGUCAAUUACACAAAAUAAAUAUGUUAAAUACAAAUAAUACAACAAUAAUUUUAAUAAGUGUAAGAAGGGUUCUGUUCACCAUAGGUGGAUUAAAUCGGGUUUUUAUUAUUAUAUUCACUUGUUAUCUUGCAUUUGUUUUUGACCAGUCUAUGGGAAAUUAUUGUUCAAUAAAUAAUGCUGACCUCAUACAAAGUGUAUACUAGCAGGUUAUUGUUUUCAACAAAAUUGUCAAUAACAAAUUACAAAUACACAGGAGUUUUAUGAAAACUAACAAUAUGGUAAAUGAAAGCUUUGAAUUUAUAUAUUGUGGGAAAAAUGCAAGAACCAGACAGCCAAAAUAACUAGCUAAUGCCAAAAUUGAUUAACUUUGUCGUUUUUACACCAUAACCAUGAAUACCAAGUACUUCGGAGCUAAUUUAUUCGAUUGAUUAAGAGAUAUUAGACAAAGUGUAUCUCGCUGAUUUUCUUAUCCAUUUGUUAAUCGUUUCAAGAUCUUUUGGCAGUUAACAAAAGAUACAAUAUUCCAGAAUAUGUAAGCUAUUUUUUAAAAAUUUCACACAAGAUUCUAGAAGGUGUCUGUCAUUUCUGGUAGUUAAGUCCAUGGUACAUGAUGCUAUUUUGGAAACCAAUCCACUAGAUGCCAAAUCCACAAUAUUUUCUAGAACUUUUGGUCAAUUACACAAAGUAAAUAUGUUAAAUAAAAAUAAUACAACAAUAAUUUUAAUAAGUGUAAGAAGGGUUCUGUUCACCAUAGGUGGAUUAAAUCGGGGUUUUUUUUAUAAAAACCGGGUAAAAAAAACGAUUUACUGGAAAAUAUAUCAAAAAUUUGAUGAUUAAGCUGACAGAGAACUGGUAUUUCUCUUCCAAAUUUCACGACAUAGCCUCUACUUUUAAUCGCUAAUUAUUAACACUUUAUACGAUUUUGUUUUUUAGAUAAUUUGCUUAUAAAUAAUAAUUAUUGCAAAAAAAAAACAAGCUACAAAUCCUGAACAACAUAGUCAUAGCAAUCCCAACAUAUUCUUAAAUAAUAUAUCUCGCUAUUUGUAAUCAGAGUUUAAAAUUUUCAUUUUCAAUGAGUGAAAUGAGUGAGAAUUUUGAAAAUUCUCAGCGGAGGGAUCAAAAUAAAAUUCAUUUUGGUGAAUGAUUUUUUUUCACUUUUCCAUUCGUUUUUCUGUCAUUGACAAUUUUUACUGAGAAACAAUACUAGACCAUAACUCCUGAUUGAACUUCCAAUCACUACAAAACUUGGGUAUAGUAAUUAUUGGAAUACUAACCAUCUGUUCCAUUUGUUCCUAAAAUUGAUUAUUUUAGGAUGUAGGGUAUGUGUGCCAUCAGUAAUCUCACGCUCCCAUAUUCAUCCUAUUCGAAAACAAGCGAUUACGGCACCGAUUGAUUCUGUUUUCUUUUUGUUUUCCUGGGUGCUCUUUUCUAACAAAAAAUACAUGUAAGUAGAUGGAUGGAUCUGAGAAAGAUAACAUAUACCUAAACGAAACCUUUUAUUAGAUCUUAUUAGAAACUGUCAAGAUCAUCGGAAUUUACAACAUUGAACAUAGUUUCUAAUAAAAGCAGACACCUAUAAACCUGGCACCCAGGUAUUAGUGUUGUGGUAUCUAUCUCACAGAAUUUAGUUACCUAUGUAAAAAAAGAACCGUAUGUCCGAUUUGCUCGAUACCUGUCCGAUUUGAAAACCUAAGAGAAUAUGGUGAUACAUUAGUUUUUUUUACAAGCGUUCAGUCAGUGUGUGGAAAGUCUUAACGAUGGCUAUGUUCUACUGGCAUGUGAGCGCGGAAACGCUGAAAUCCGAGAAAGUGCCCCCCAGAAAAAUCCAUAAUCCGACCAGUCUCGCCCAAAAAUCUUUGAUCGCAUACGUUGAAAGGUUACGUAAAGCGUCAGAAAAGGAAAAUGUGACUGCGGAAAUCGAACGCUUACCGACCCACAUCAUCAUGGAUGUCCUGGAGGAGAUGUGUGGUUUGUUAGAGGUACUGUGGAUUCUACGCAAACUUCUAAAAAACCCACGGAUUAUCAGCAGAAUUCUCCAGGAUCGGGAGAAUAACCAAACCAAGCUGGUAGCACGUUUACAGUGGUUGGAGUUGUUCGACAAGAGUAUCGUGAGUGACAUGGUAGCAAAUUUCUGCUCCCGCUACCGAAAAAAACCCAAAAAAGGCGAUUUACAUCCUUUGGGGUACGAAGCCACCUUGAGGCUGGGAACAUUCCUAUCGGAAACUGGUUGGCACAAUGAAGCCUCUAAAGUGCUGUAUAUAGCUAGGAAGCAAGCAAAACAACGUCCAAUGGAGCAACUCAGAGCAAUCCGGCCGCAGUUAAUUUCCCAGACCUACAUAUGGCAUUUUUGUGCUUUAAAAACCAGCAGAGUCGCCCAAUCGCUUCUAGAAAGCAAUACCGAUCUUCCCAAACCGUUUAUGGCGAGCUUGUAUCUGGCCAUUUCAAUUUAUCAGUAUGAAACCUACAGCUGCGAUGCAAGCCACACAAACGCAUUGAAGGCAUUCGAGUUGCUGGAUGAUGAUACAACGUGCAAUCGUUUGAUCGUUGAGGUAUUCUCACAGUUGGCCAAGACUUGCGUUUCUCAGAAACAACCCCAGCAGGCAAAGCUGAUGAUAACGCAGGCGGUUAGCCGAGCAUGGCAUAACUUCGGCCAAUGCAGCGCCAUCUACGCACACACCCUCGAAAACUACGCAAUCUAUUUGAUUAUGAUGAGCUCUCCGCUCGAUAGUCGAAAGGUGUUCUCGGAAGCGGUCCACAUACUGCUUAAGGUGUAUGGAGGACAGAAUCUCACACGCACGGUGACGAAGGGAAACUUGAGUUUCGAUUACUACUUCAAAUGCGCGUACAUCUAUUCUGAUCGGGAUAUGGCGGAAACUUACAUUAAAAAUCAUAUCGAGCUGAAUGCGCACGACCAUCGACAAGUAAUGGCCAUCAGGCGAGUUUACGCCCUAUUGCAAGGUACAACCGGCAGAUUCGGCUUAGCUGCCGGAUAUAACGGCUUUCCACGAGAUGUGUACCAGCCGAUACAAACGCAACAGUCGGUGGCAGAGGUCCGAAGACUGUUCGACGAACUCCACGAUGCGGGUGAAGAAGAAGAAGAAGAAGAAGAAGAAGAAGAAGAAGAAGAUGAUGAUGAAAGUUAAGAUCGGGUUCAAGUGUUUUGGUUUUAAUAAUCUUUAUAGCUUUAUAGUAUGAAUAUAUCUUUACAAAUUUAUUUUUAAUUUCACAAUUUA